GUUUAUUGUUAACACUCCGCUUAUAGGUACGCCGCAAAAUAUUGGAUAUUGGAAAAAUCUUGAAAGUUGUAAUAUAUUUUGUAGAUAUGUUAAUAAAGGUAGUACGCGAAUAACUUUUAUCAUGGAUUUGGAUGUAACCGAUUUCUAGAAUUUGUGAAUAGUUUUUCCAAAAAGAAACUAAAAUGGAUAUUAUUCCAACGAUGUUCCUUUGCUUGGCCACUGUGCUAGCUUUGGUCAUGAACGUUUUCUUUAUCGUGGUAUUCAUACGGCGAAAGCGACUUCGGACCCCUGCUACACUUCCGGUCAGCAUGGUUUUAGUACACCUGGCAUUUGUUGACCUAAUUGCCACGAUAUUAUGGACACUGUUCGCCGCGAUUACCGCUGUAACUGACACGUGGAUCAUUUCAGAUGUGAACAGUAGUUUGCACAAACCUUUCUGUGAUCUGCAAGUAUAUAUUAUGACAUUUUGCAACGUAAUAACUGCACACACUCUCAUGGCUUUGAUGUUUGAACGAUUUUUAUGGAUUUUUAAACCAUCAAAGCGACAAGAAAUCGUAUUUGAUUUAGUUGUGGUUUUGUUCCUUGUUGCACUCUAUAUUUUCAAUGGCAGCAUUUCGUCCUUUGUCUUAUGGGGAUUUGGACAGACCGAUUUCUUUCCGGACCAGUAUCAGUGUGCAGUGGCGUAUGAGGAGUCCGCCUCUCACUUCCAAUUUACACUUGCAAUGCAUUAUUGGAUACCCAUUGCUGUGAUUGUACCUCUAUAUGUAGCUAUACUUAUUCGAGUUCGAAUCCUGCAAAAACGCCGCGGACCUGACGGUGUAAUUGUUCUAGAAGAAAACUUAAAGGCUGUGGGUGAUUCGUAUUCCGACAGGCUGAAGGAGAUGUACAUGAAGUUUCGAGGGGCUGGAGCAAAAUCUGUCAAACCAAAAGUCAAGAAAACCAAGAAGAAAACAAAUGAUGGUUUCGUGAGCGAUGACGAUGAUUUCAAUUCAUCAGACGAGGAAAAGAGCAAAGCCGAUGAAGCCGUAAUGUCACGUGACUAUAUGGAAAAGCCUGAAAGAAAACGAGAGAGGAAGAUGUACUUUUUGUCAAGACAAGAUUUACGCGAAGCGCACAUGUAUGCCCUAAUUUCGGCCGUGUAUUUCGUUUUGUGGACACCAUAUAUGACACGAAACAUUUUGUAUACUUACUACUACUAUGACAUCAAUAUAAGCUCGGAGAUUGUCACGACAACUGUCAUUUUAACACAUUUUUGCUCUUGUGUCAAAGUGCCAUUCUAUCUGUUGUCUGACAGAAUGAGAGGAGCGAUGAAGAAGACCCUUUGCCGUGGCAAAGUAGAUGAUAACAAGAAAAGGAAGUUUGAUGCCCCGCAUCAAGAAGAAAAUAUGAAACGCGAAGAAACAACUGAACUUUAGCAAUAUGUAUCAACGAUAUACAGUGAUGAACUGAUUGUACACAUCUGCUGGUCAGAUUGUGAUUUUUAUUAAUACGGUUAUUUAUAAUUUUGUUUAAAAGCUACUCGCCCACAGUUUGGGUGAAAUUUUUGACACUGAAAAGUGAUAAAAUGGGUGGAAAUAAAAGUUAGAUAUUGGUAAAAAUGCAAGAAGAAUGAAAGAUUACUGCAUUAUUUCAAAAGCGUUGCAACGGUUUACUUCCUUUUGCACAAAUUUUUUGGUUACUUAUAAGAAUAGUUUGCAAAACUCUUAUGCCAAUAAGUUUUUACCACUAGUCACUUUCAGAGAGCGCACUUUUUAUAGAUUUUUAAGUGAAAUUAUUUUUCACCUUAAAUUUGUGCGUUAGUACCUUUAAACACAAAUACUGUUAACGUUAACCUUAAAAAUGUUAAAUAUCAAUGCCUAUAAAAUGUACUAGUAUGUUUGUCGUCUGCAAGGACAACGUUCUCUGUCUCAUUUUAUUCCUGUUUUUAUUUACUCAGUCCUUUACUUCAACAUUAGCGACUUCUAUUAAGAAAACUGGUUUAAUUAAUAAACAUUAGUGAGUCUGAACAGUGCAAACCACUGGAAAUACGUAUUUUUAUAAAAAAAUAAAUAUUCAUGGUGUUUUGAAAGCCUAUCUCUGUUAUUACUAUAUAUAGAAUGAUUUUCCAUCCUCGCCCACAUCAUAUGAUUCUUGUCAUAACAGUCUGGCACUAAUAAAGGCAUGAAUAUUAUGUCUCCUUUUACUUAAAAUUUUAAGUUAAUUAUAGGUUAAAAUUUUGACGCACUACCACGCUUUCUCUACAUUGAAACUUGAAAUAGUCGUCAUACAUUGUCGCAGACGUUAUACGACGCAUGAUACAUAACUAGGACUCACAUAUUUCAUGAACUGUGCCUCAUGUUUACUUUGGAUUGCAUGACUUUCUCUUGAUAUUGGUUAUUAAUUAAUGAACUUGAUUAAAGAAUUUAAGCAGUU